CUACAGGAAGAGUAGAAGGAUGAGAACGAGAGUGUUCUUCAUACUGCAUUGAGUUGUGAUGACAUCCUAUGCAAUAUCCUUCUCCAAUUGCCACCAGAAUCUAUUUCGAAGGUCAUUAUGUAUCAAAGAGGCGGCUUCACUUGACAUGCAGCUCUUCUUUUCGUCACGGUUAUUUGAGAAGAUGGAGAGUAGAUUUUAACCUAUUAGGAUUUUUUGUGUGCAAUUCCUUGUACCUUGGAGGAUCUGAAGGUGGUGCUCGUCGCCCAUGUUCAGAACCUGCUCUUCCAUUGCUAUCUACUAGUAGAGAGGGUGAUUAUAUGAAGUUUUCUGGGAUCCUUAAACUGCUUGGUUACUUGAUUGACUCUUCCAAUGGCCUUCUUCUUUGCGGUCGCCACCCUAAGGCCUAUUAUGUAUGGGAUCCUGUCACCAAGCAACAACAUAAACUACCUUGUCCUCGGGUGUACUUUAAGGAGUUGUGCAUGGCAUUCAUUGUUGAAAACUCCCCCGAUGAUGAUAUUAGCAACAGGGUUGAUCGGGCAAAAUGUGAAAGCAGAUUUAAUGAAAUCAACAUUGUUACCAUUGAAACUUUCUCUUCAAAGACCAGUACAUGGAGUUAUUCUAAGCUCAAAUGUUCUUCAAUUAUAUCUCUAUCUCCUUGGACUUCAGGUACUGUGAUUGGAGGCUUUAUCCACCGGCAUGCAGCCCAAGGGAAUGUAGCUAUUUAUGACCCAGACAAUCAAGAGAACCAUGUUGCUUUGGUCAAACUCCCAGGGACAUUUGAUUUUGAUGAGCAAGUUCUUGAGGAGUCUUCAGACGGGUGUCUACAGUACGGUUGGAGCUGCAAAUCAGGCCAGGAGAUAUGGGUUCUUGAAAAGGAUUUAUGUGGUUAUACAUCCUUAUUCUCAAGUGACAAACAGUCAAAUGUUAAUUGGAGCUUGAGAUAUAAGUUGAAUUUCUAAAUAAUGUGGAGGAAGAAUCCAACAGUUGCAAUUAAAUGUAGUACACGGUCCAAAGAAACUGAAAUAUUGUCGUUUCUUCCACAAAAUUCUGAGUCAGUCUUCAUUAGAUCAGGAUCAAACAUAUUUCUUUAUCACUGAGAGUGAAAGGGUGGAAGUGAUUCAGUACCAAGGUCGUAGAUCUUCUA